UCAAACUCAAGGAGUUUCGUUUCUCUGAUUUCUUCGAUUGAGGUAAAUCUUUGAUUAAUCUCUUCUCCAAAGCUGCUUAAAAACGAAAUUGACUACAUCAAUCUGCAAUUAUACCAAGUUACAUCAGAGUAUUACACAGAUUAUUACAUCUAUUGCAGAAAAAAAAGUAAUCAACGUAUUAAAAAGAUAGAAACGUAUUUUGUAUGGGUUUGUUUCGUAAAUCAGAUAAGGAGUAAAUGGCGACAGAUGAUUUUUUUAGCUUGCAGAGAGAAUAUUGGCGACAAGUGGCGGAAUCCGAUGGUUUCGAUAUUGAGAGUGUUCAAAUACCACCAUCUAUGUAUGGAAGGAUCAAUGGACUGAUUCCCCACAACUGUGAAAUCAAUACGCCGCUUCCUUACCGUGUCUUGGGCAAGCACUAUGCUAAGCUUGGGCUUCAUCGUUACAAUAUGUUGAAGGGGACUAAAUUCGAGUUCGGUCGCCUAAUGAAAUUCAACAUGUUACAAAACUGUGUGGCCUCUUUCUACAUAACUUUGGAAGCAUACGAUUACGGUGUUCCUGGCACAUCACAUCCUCAAACCUUUCAGGUUCGAAUUGAUGAAAAAAUAUUUGGCAGUUUGGAUUUGACGGUCUCUAUUGCUAGAAGAACUACAGAUGAAGUGACCACCAAGAAGCCCUUCAUACAUCACUAUCAUGGUGGGGCAGUGGCGGAUAAUAUCAUCUUCAAAGGUGAAUUGCCUGAUUGGCCCUCAGAUGAUGUUUUGAAAGACAGAGAACGUUUUUACGUGAUUAUGAAUGAAUCAGAGUGGCGAGCUACUGCUUGGAUUUCUCUGUAUUUGGAACUUGUACUUUGUGCACAUGAUAAGUUCAUCACUAAUACUGAUCUGUCCCGGUUGAGUAUUGAGAAAGUGGCGAUAGAAACUAGUAUUGGAGAUGCGCUGUUGUAUGAAAGACUCGAGGCCAAAAGUGCAAAUGUCUACAUAUGGUUUAAACGCUUGGAAAAGCCUCGAGUCCCUCAACAGGUUUUUGUCACUGGUAUGGAUGUUGAACGCAAAGCGAUAAUUAGAAGAGUCAUGGAUAGUACAGGAUACUUGACUCUCGUGGGUAAGCUUUGUGGUGGUGUCACAAAGGUCCGACAGUUUAAUUAGUUCAGAAACCACUUUUCAAAGUACUGAAGAUCGUUGUCUGUCAAAAUACUGCAAUAGUGAAAAGUCGAAUGUUUUCUCUUUGGUUUGUUUUAAACUUUUUUAGAGUCUUAAAAAAUGGGAUGGACCCAUAAGUUGUUAUGCUACAUAAGAUAAUAUUAAUGAACGACCCUUGAGUAAAUUGGUUGAUAAAUUUUUUUGUUGCAAUAUAAUAUUAUUAAUU